UGUAAUCUCCCCUGUUGGAUGUGUUUCUAAGAAUGAGAAAAGUCGAAAAGUUGGUGUGUGCGGUUCAAACGAGCGGGUUGGGGCGCCAGUGUUAAUGCUGGGAACGUGAGUUCGAGCAGGAAUUUCCCGGGAGGUAUUUUCUGGGUUUCACACAAACACGCGCGCGCGCGCGCCCGCUGUGAGGCGGGGUUGGUGGAGACCGCGGCGGGCGGGGCUGGAACUCUCCAGCUUCGGCGUUGAGGAGUUGUCUCAGUCCACCUGCUCUCCCGGACACAGAGAGGAGCUUCUCACAGUGACGCGACCCUCGCACGAGUGUGGAAGCACGAACACAGACACGCGGCUCGCAAUCUUACCUCUCCACCGAAAGAGAAAGCAGGAGAAGAGAGACGCAGUUCGAGUUCCCCCCCCGAGCGAAGGUUUAAAUUCGGAGGAGCCGAGGACUUUUUGAUUUGCGAAGCGAAAGGAUGCUCAAGACGGGCUGCUUGUUCCGUGCCUUCCUGGCCGCUGCUCUGCUUCUCGAAGCAAGCAGUUUGCAGACCAUUACAGCGCUGUAUGGCGACACAAUUAAAGUGCCCUGCAACCCCGGAGGUGUCAAGCCAGCCAGCCAUAUGUUCACGAAAUGGAAAUAUGACAUUCCAGACAGCGCCCCAGGCGACCUCCUGGUGAAGCAGGCACACAUGGACGAGGUGACCAUCCAGGCCACAGGCUUCUACAAGGACCGCGUGAGCAUGGGAAACGACUCAAGCCUGCUCAUCAGCCGCGCCACUCUCGAGGACCAGAAGACCUUCACCUGCAUGGAGGUCGGCCCUGCAGACAUCAAGGAGUACUCCACCAACGUUCUGGUUUACAAGAAACCUUCAGCCCCCCAGAUCAAAGAUAAAGUUAAAGAGCUGGAAAACGGCAAACUGACCGCGGUUGGGGAGUGCGUCGCUCUCAAUGCAAACCCACCGGCCAACAUCACCUGGUUCAAAAAUGACACCCAACUGACAGAUGAUGGGAAACUGAUUGUGAUCACCGUGCUGCUGAAGAAGGACCCCACUACUGGCCUCACGACCACCUCCUCCAAGCUGCAGUACACUGCGGUAAAGCAGGACGUGUACUCAACAUUCACCUGCACCAUCCAGCACCCCCUGGGGCCUGUCCAGGUGUCAGCGCCCGAGAAGUUCACCGUUAUCUACCCCACAGAGACGGUGGACCUCCAGGUAGUCAACAAAGGGUCAAUCAAGGAGGGGGACAAUGUCACCCUGAAGUGCAAGGCUGACGGAAACCCACGGCCCACCAGCUUCAACUUCCAUCUCAAGGGAAAGAAGGUGACCGUGGAUAAUACGGACACGUACGCCCUGACCGACGUCACUCGUAACAGCACCGGAGAGUACAAGUGCUCCCCGGUGAACAAUGACAAGAUGGUGGGCAGCAAGAACAUCGUGGUACACUACCUAGAUGUCAGUCUGAAUCCCUCGGGGAAGAUCAUUAAGAACGUCGAGGAGGCCCUGGAGGUGCAGAUGCAGAAGAAUGCGUCCGCUGAUGUGAAGGUGUCCUGGACCAAGGACAACGAGAAGCUGGGCAAGCAGCCUGUGUUCACUCAGCUCAAGUACAGCGACUCUGGCGUCUAUGAGUGCGAGGUCUCUGUGGAGGGAAUAACGAAGAAGAGGUCUUUCCAGCUUGUAGUAGAAGGAAAACCUGUGAUCAAGAAGCUGGACAAGAAGCGUGGCGACGAGGGCAAACACAAAGUGCUUAUGUGCGAGGCGGAGGGGUCGCCCAAGCCCACCGUCCAGUGGAGCAUCAACGGCACCUACCAGGAAGAAAGCCCUUACAUCAACGGCAAGAUCACACACAAGAUUACUGUGCUGCCCAGAGAGAAUCUCACUGUCACCUGCAUGGUUUCAAACAAACUGGGGGCUGAUACCAAGGAGAUACUCGUAUCAUCGCUAUUUGAGGAGGAACGCGGGAAACAAAAAGGCACACCAGGCGAAGGGGAGGACCAGGCCAAGCUGAUUGUGGGCAUUGUGGUGGGGCUCAUUCUGGCAGCCAUGAUCGUGGGCAUCAUCUACUGGAUAUACCAGAAGAAGUCCAAACAAGGCAGCUGGAAAACAGGAGAGAAGGAGCGCGGGACUUCGGAGGAAAGCAAGAAGCUGGAGGAGAACAACCACAAGCCGGAGGUUUAGGGAGCGCAGCGCCAGCAUUGAGGGGUGAGGGAAGCAGCAGCGAUGAGAUGCCUUUUCACAUUGGACUUGCAGUUUGACACCGAAUCCGGUACAUUGGAGGCGAGCUCCAGGCCAGACUCCACCUACUAGCCUAUCCACGCGCAGCAUGUUCCACAGAACCUUCCAGAAACAAGCAGACUUUAACCUACUCUUCCUUUGCCAUCUUAAAAAGGGUUUAGUUUCCCCCUCCCCCAAAUUGGCUUUCCACACCUUUUGUGUUCCUGGCGAAUGCUGCUGUGUGUGUGUGCGCUUUAUUUUUUUUUUAUUAUUAUUUUUUUAAAUGCACAGUAUUGAGCAAGUGAGUUUCGGCUUUUCCUUCUCUCCUUUAUUUUGGUUUAAAAAAAAAAAUAGAGAAAAGUGUAAAUUUGCCACACUUCCUAGGUCUGUACGAGAAUACGAGUUUCCUAGAGGAGCAUGUGGGCUCCGCUUGCUGGCCAAGGACUUGAUGAUCUGUGGCUAUUGUUGUUGAGAGAUUGUCCCAGUCUGAUGACUUCACUGCUGUUACACUCAUGUUCCUCCACAUUGCAUCUCAGAUCAUCUUUUUGAAACCACAGUCAAAGUUACCAAAUUGGAAGACUCCCAAACUUGUUUUCUUUAAAGUGUGAAAUCAGCGCCAAACGGAGUAACCAGGUUCUUACCAUUCUAAUGCCUGUUUAGAGCAGAUGCUAAAGGUGUGUUUUAUUUCUUUAGAGAAAAUGUUGGCUAGACCCAUUGUUUGCCUUAAUUGAGUUACAUGUUAUGCUGGAUUAUUGUACUUGGGAAUCUGUUUUUUGUUUAAAGGGGGGCAGGGGGAUUGUGUUGAACUAUUACUGAAUGUGGCACCAUUUUCUUUCUUAGUUCACCGUUCAUACUGCUGAAGCCUUAGCUGUUGGAAGUAACACUAAUGUGUAGAGUAGCCCAUCUCGCAGACUACAGGGGGGAAACGCUCCUUUUGAAGGCAAAAUGUUCUGUAUAGUUAAGCAGUCCCACGCAGAUGACGUUUACUUUUGAACGUCUAUAACUAAACCCGACUGUCUGUGGUGUGUGGGUCUGCGUGGCGUAGUCAGCUAGUCACGUUACUAGGAACACGGCGCUUGCACCGUCUGUAGUUUGAAGAGUCACUGUAAAUAUGUUUGGAAUGUCCGGCUUUUUUUGCCUCUAUUUAUAAUGUGUGAUAAUGCAAGCUUAGCAGUGCUUCUGCGUAUUAUUAGCUAGGUAUAUUGAAUUUGAAUCCAUUUUUGAGUUGAGACCCCUAAGGUUUGUCAUUUUGGAUGUAAAAUGUACUGUAGAAGGGUAAACGAGGCACUCGGACACUAUGAAGCAGUACUUAUAUGCGUAAGCAUUGUUUCCCACUCUCUGUGCAUAAAUGCUUUUUGUUUGGACCCUCUGAAGGAUUAUUCGUAGUUGAGGUACCAGGGGCUGUCGAUCAAGCUACGACGGUGGGAGGGGAAAAAAAGUGUGGGUCAUGAAUACAUUCUGUUCAUCCAUUCAAACCAUCAGGUCAGCAGUGAAACCAAAGAGGGUAAAAUGAGAACGCCAUACAAGUAUUGUAAAUACAGACUUUUGUUUUUGUACUUUUGUUGAAAAUAAAGUGUACAUUUUGAAGAAAACCAA